AGCAUCCAAAUGCCAGUAACAAAAUUCGUUUAAGUCUUACAUUUCGUGUUUUCUGAUAAGUUUUUAUAAUCGUCCAUGAUGAAGUUCUUGGUCCUUGCUUUGAUUGCAAUUUCUGUCGUUUCAGGAACAAGAUUGCCAGCGGUUAAAGGAAAGGCUCAAGAUACAAAAAUCACAUUACAAACACUUUUUAAUAUGAGCAAUAGAGAUUUCAGGGACAAUUGUGAAAUUGGCAUCAGAACUAGAUUGAGAAACGCUGAGAAAGCGCAUAUGGAUCUCUCAAAUGCUUAUAGGAUAAUAAAAAUGGAAGCACAGAGGCGCUUCAACACUAGUAGUAAGGAAUACUAUGUUUAUCUUAAAGAAAAAUGUCUGAGCAGUCAAGUUAUCACAGAAGCCAAAAUAAGAAUGAUCAAAGCAGCGCUACCAUGCGCGUCGGAAGAAAAGGUGGCCAAACAUCUGAAAUACUCUGAAUCUCAUGUUUGCUAA